AUGCUGGAAGACGAAGAUUCUGAUCGUAUCGAAAAGAUCUGUCCGAUCUGUAAAAAGGAAGCUGUCAAAAGAUGUUCCCGGUGUGCGAUGGUGUACUACUGCUGCGUGGAACAUCAGCAGCAAGACUGGAAGGUGCACAAAACCACCUGUCAUCCAUUUAAAGUGUUCUCAAAUGAGCAGUACGGACGGUUUCUGGUGGCAACAAGAGAUAUUAAAGCAGGCGAGAUCAUACUGAAGGAAUCGCCGCUUGUACAUGGACCAGCACAAAUCACUGGUCCGGUUUGUGUUGGGUGCUUGCAGGGAUUGGAGGAGAAAAAGUACCAAGAAUGUGAACGCUGUGGCUGGCCCGUUUGUAAAAAAUCCUGUCAAGAUCAACCAGCGCAUCUAGCUGAAUGCAAGUUUACCAUCGGGCGUGGCAGUAAGAUUUCCAUCCAGCACUUCUAUGUGCCUCAUCCCACGUACCAAUGUUUGAUGCCAGUGCGCUGUCUGUUAAUGGCCGAGAGCGACCCUGCCCGAUGGGACGCACUGUUGCGAUUGGAAUCGCACGACGAAGAACGGCGUGGCUCGGAGCAGUGGCGAAACGAUCGAGAAGGUGUGGCAAAGCUGAUUCCACGGUUUUUCAAGUGUGAGAAUAAGUGGGAUGAGGAUGAGAUCCUGCGCGUCGUAGGCAUUAUUCAGGUGAAUGGACAUGAAGUACCACUGACGGAACCGUCCUCGGUAGCGAUCUACAACAUGGCGUCGAUGUUGGAACACUCGUGCCGGCCAAAUCUCUCGAAGAGUUUCACAAACCGUGGGGAAGUUGUCAUCUGGGCACCGAACGCGAUUCGGCGAGGUGAUCGGCUCAGUAUCUGCUAUACUGAUGUGAUGUGGACAACAGGCAAUCGGUUGGAACAUCUGCAGCAGACGAAGAUGUUCCGCUGUGAGUGUGAGCGUUGCAAUGACCCGACCGAGUAUGAGACAUACUUCAGUGCGCUACGAUGCUCUGGGUUUCAGAAGGACUCAAAGUGCAAAGGCUAUCUGCUACCGGUGGAUAAGGCACAGUGGACCGGAGAAUGGAAGUGUUUGCGGUGUUCGAAGGAGGUUACUGGUGCGGCUGUCGGCCAAAUAUUGGAACGAGCUCGCAUGGAUCUGGAAGCGAUGGAGAAACAUCGGGAAGAUCAUUGCAAUAAGUACAUGAAGCAUUACUCGAAGUGGCUUGCUCCGAAUCACCAGUUUCUGGUGGAUGUGAAGAUAUCGUUGUCGCAGGUGAUUGGGGGUAACAAUCCGGAGGCGAUCAAGAAGAUUCCGUACGAUAAGCUGAUGAACAAGAUUAAAAUAUGCCAAGACUUGAUAGCGUUGUUUGAAAAGAUUUGUCCAGCGGAAGCCCGUGCUUUCGGAGCCACUCGUUUCGAGCUUCACGCAGCCCUGGCAGAGCUUGGACGGCGUUCCACAGAAGCUAACAAUUCAGCUGCGGCAGCAGUACAGCUAGAAGAUUCGCUGUACAACGCAAACGAAUGCAUACGAAUGCUGCUACACGAGCCGUCCGUGCUGAUGGAGAGUAAAAUAUGCGCUCAGGCACGUGUGAACGCGAAAACACUAAUGGCAUUGUUAGGAAUAAAGGAGUAA